UUCUCCCUCAUAAAAGUCCACAAACCAUAUCACCCUUUUAUGUCAUAGAUAGAUUUUCUUUCUCUCUCUCUCCCUUUCUCCAUUUCACACUCACACACACUCUCAAACAAACAAAGAUUAAUUAUAUUAUAUAUUUUCUCUCCUUUUUUCAGAUAUGGAAGAUUCAGAGGAAGAUGAGCUUCUGAAUCUUAGCCUUUCAUUUAAUAGAGAAAGAAAAAAGAAAGGAAAAAUCAUCACAAGUAGAGAAAACAACAAUGUUUGUAGUACUAAGGAGAGAAACCCCUAUGAAGGGUAUGAAGGAAAAAUCUUUAGAUUACUUGAAAUGAGAGAACAAAUGAUAAGAAAAAACAGUCUGAACAACAUUGAAGAUUCAAAUGGUCUUCCAUUAAUUCACUUACUCCUGACAACAGCCACUUCAGUCGACGAAAACAAGUUCGAUUCAUCGCUCGAAAACCUAACCGAUCUUUACCAAAUAGUUUCAUUAACUGGAGAUUCAGUUCAACGAGUUGUAGCCUAUUUCUCGGAUGGUUUAACCGCGAAACUGUUGACAAAAAAAUCACCAUUCUAUGAAAUGUUAAUGGAAGAACCAACAAUAGACGAAGAAUUUCUGGCAUUCACAGAUCUCUAUAGAGUCUCACCGUAUUAUCAAUUUGCUCAUUUCACAGCGAAUCAAGUUAUCUUAGAAGCAUUUGAAAAAGAAGAAGAGAAAAAUAACCGUUCGAUUCAUGUGAUUGAUUUCGAUGUUUCAUACGGUUUUCAAUGGCCUUGUUUGAUUCAAUCUCUUUCGGAGAAAGCAACAAGUGGAAACAAGAUCUCUCUCAGAAUAACCGGAUUCGGUAAGAAUUUAAAACAACUUCAAGAAACUGAAUCUAGGUUAGUUAGUUUCGCCAAAAGUUUCUGUAACAUUGUUUUCGAGUUUCAAGGUUUAUUAAGAGGAUCAAGAGUAAUUAACUUAAGGAAGAAGAAAAAUGAAACUGUGGCAGUUAAUUUAGUUUCUUAUUUAAACAAAUUAACUUGUUUAAUGAAAAUAACUGACACAUUGGGAUUUGUUCAUUCUCUUAACCCUUCAAUCAUCAUACUUGUUGAACAAGAAGGUAGUAAAAAUCCUUCUACAACUUUCUUAUCAAGAUUCACAGACACAUUACAUUAUUUUGCAGCUAUGUUUGAUUCACUUGAUGAUUGUUUACCACUUGAGAGUAUUGAAAGGUUAAGAAUUGAGAAAAAACUUUUUGGUAAACAGAUUAAGACUAUGCUUAAUAAUAACUAUGAUGUUGAUAAUCAUGAUGCUUUUGGUUUUGGUGGUGGUGUUGAAUGUGCAAAAUAUGAAAAAAUGGAAACAUGGAAAACUAGAAUGGAAAAUCAUGGAUUUGUUGGUAUCAAAAUGAGUUCAAAGUGUUUGAUACAAGCUAAAUUGUUACUUAAGAUGAGGACUAAUUAUUCUCCACUACAAUUCGAGGAAGAAACUGGUGGCGGUGGAGGUGGUGGUGGUGGUGGUGGUUUCAGGGUUUCUGAAAGAGAUGAUGGAAAAGCUAUUUCUUUAGGAUGGCAAAAUAGGUUUUUGCUAACUGUGUCAGCAUGGCAAUCACUUUGAUGAUUAUGAUAUGAUAGAUACAAUCUUAUGUCCUAACAACUUUUCAUCAUUUUGGUAAUAAUCUUACACUCAAAAUGAUGAUUGAUAUUCCUUUAGCUAGCUAUAAUAUUUUUGUCUAUGUUUUUUUAUUUAUUUAUAUAUAUGUCAUGAAUUAUUAUUAUUAUAUUUAAGAUCUAGCUUUAAUUUUUAGUAGUUGGUAGGUUAUUUAAGUAAGGGAUCAGGUAAAUAUAUG